AAACAGGAUAUGACAUAUCACCGUACUUCGUCGACAAAAAGGAAUACUACAUUACAAUCAUGUAAAGAAGAGAAUUCUUACUCUCAAGAAGCAGAGGACUCCGACGAGGAACGCGAGCUAACCAACCUUAACUGGCUUUUAAGAAAUCAAAAUUUAACUUGGCCAAAAACCAUUGAUUCCAACCCAUCUGAAAUUUUAAAUACGAAAAGAUACGCAGAACCAACUUACAAGUCAAGUGCCCAUGAAACACAAAUUAAAAUGUUUUAUUCUAGGCAUGAGAGCACAGAGAAAAUAUCGCAUAUAAUUUUAGAGGCUAAAGCACAAAAAUCUGUAAUAAAGAGACCAACUCCAUCAGAACGCCUUGAAAUUUUCGUCAAUAAAGUCAAAAGGGACUUAAAAGAAUACGAAAAAUUAGCUAGCAAAUAUGAAACCGACGUGACCGAGAAACCGCCGUUUAAUUAUUCACAUAUAAUUGGAAUGGCUAUGUUACAGAAUGGGCGUAUAACCUUACAACAAUUAUGUUCUUGGAUAGAGGCCAAGUUUGCAUUUUUUAGAAUUCGAAAGAAAUGGAAUAAUUCCAUUAGGCAUAACUUAUCAUUGCACCAUUGCUUUCGUAACCGAAAAAGGGAAGAAAAGGGAAAAGGUGGUUACUGGGAGUUGGGAGUGGAUCCAAAAAAGUGUGACCGGAAACGAAUUCGAAAUAGAAAAAUUAGUCAUCCAACGCAAAAUCAAACUGCUAGGUACCAUUCUGAACAUUUAACUCAAAUACAAGAACCUAAAUCUGCUCAGCAAAAUCAUUCAAGAUAUGUUAAAAAAUUAAAGACAAAUAGCCUUCCAGAAAAAACUGAAGCAAAUAUCUUUAAAAAAAAAGAAGCAAAACUGGCCGUGCCUUAUAAUAAACAUCAUGUCGCUGGUGAAAAUGAUGUCCAAUAUGAACAAAGAUGGUUACGAACAAUAAAUCAAGAGGACAUUUUAAAAAAGAAGUCUGAGCUUGACAUUAUAUCAAGCAGUGACCAAUUUGUAACAGAUUCUCAAAACGUAAACUGUUUUUUUUCGCACAAGAUAGAUACUACCAACACGGCAAUUUCUGGAGAAGAGAAUUUCUGCACUUUCAAUAAUAUAAAUUUCUUUUCCGAAACGACACCUGUGCUUGCUUCAAAUUCAACUAUCGUAGAAGACCAAAAUGUAUCAACUGAUGUAUCCUUUGCUAGAUAUCCAUGUAACAUAACAAUUAAUUGUGAUUACACUCACUUUCCACAAAUAGUUGACAGCAUUGACGAGCAGUUCCAAUACCUACAUGAUAGCGCUGAGUUCGGUAGAAACGACGAUAUCUUAGAUAACCUACUUGAUGUUUAUGUUACACACUAUUAAACUAAACCUAAUGCAAUACAAAAUCCCAAUAUAUUUGUUUAUAAGGUUA